GAAUUUCAAGUUCGUGCGUCGUUUUCGACUUCAUAGAAACUGGUAUUGAUCGAAUUAUUUUUUUCUCGAUUACUCGUUGAAUCCAUUUGUGACCGCCAGCGACGAUCAUCGGAUUCUGAUUCCACUUCCUCUUUUUCCUCUGUUUCAGCCUUCCCUGAAUUUGCUUUGUAAGAAGCUGAUUGGUAGAGAUAUUGCUGCAAGGAGAGGAGAUGGGAAGGCUACUUUUGACUACUCUGGAAGGAAAUUUCUAUAGUUGCAAACACUGUAAAACUCAUCUCGCCCUUCAGGAAGACAUAAUUUCAAGGACUUUUCAUUGCAGGCAUGGGAAGGCGUACUUGUUUAAUAACAUUGUCAAUGUCACAGUUGGAGAACUAGAAAAGCGGAUGUUGAUCACAGGAUUGCACACUGUUGUUGACAUAUUUUGUGUUGGUUGUGGCUCAAUUCUUGGUUGGAAAUAUGAGAUUGCACAUGACAAAUCCCAAAAGUACAAGGAAGGGAAAUAUAUCCUUGAAAUGUUGAAGGUGUUGGGUCCUGAUGGAAACAGCUACUUAGCAAGCCAUGAUCCGCAGCUUGCAGGAAGCGAUGGCGACGAUGCUUGAUCUGCUGUCGAGUUCGGAAGUAGAUAAGACCUUCUUUCUCCUUCUCCCAUCCCCUUUUUCUUUGUUUCCAUCUUAUUAUUGCCAUUUAGCUCUUUCUUAAGCUUUUUGGUACACUGCCACUGCAGUUUUGGCUAGAAGCACAAGAACAACCUUCCUUUUCCAAUUCAUUGACUUUCAAAUUUAAAUUAAAUGAAUAAUAAUUUUUAGGA